AUGGAGUUCCCGUGGCACAGUGGGAAGGUUCUGGAGCAGCUGAACAAUCAGCGCCAACAGGGUUUAUUGUGUGACUGCACAUUUGUUGUGGAUGGAGUAGAUUUCAAGGCGCACAAAUCUGUGCUGGCAGCCUGCAGUGUCUACUUUCGCACUCUCUUUUUGGACCAGAAGGAUGUGGUACACCUGGACAUCAGUAAUGCAGCAGGUUUGGCCCAGGUCCUGGAAUUUAUGUAUACAGCCAAGCUGAGUUUAACUUCUGACAAUGUGGAAGCUGUGGUUGCUGUUGCAAAUUUCCUACAAAUGGAAGAGAUUGUAAACGCUUGCUCAGUUUACCAGUCGGUGAACGAUCCAGCGCUGUCCCCUAACACGCUGGAUGUUGCUGAAGGAGAAAAGCCAGCUGAAGAACAGCCACGAGAAGAACAUGACAGUGAUCUGGCAGAGGUAGUAUUCCAGGCUGACCAGAAACCUUCCACAACCUUCACAAAAGAUGACAACCUUACAGAAAAUCAGGACCAAGACAAACACACCACUGUGCAAACACAGAUCACAGAAGUUUCAGAGUUAAGCCCCGCCAAAAGCUUCUCAGUUAGUGCACCGCCUACCAAAAGCAGUGCCGGACAAAAAAGAACACCUGUAAAGACUGAGGAGGAGAAGGAUGGUGAUGCUGUACAGGACCCAACAUCCACAUUUCAGGACGACCUCUCUGAUGUCGACUACACACCGUAUGCGCCCAUCAAAUCUGUCAGCAACCCCAUUAUCACUUCUCGUGGUAGACGAAUUAGGAAACCUCCUCGCCGAAACUUCCCAUCUGAUAAUGACACAGAUGAUGAAGACAUAAAAAAUAAAUCCAAGAAGAAAGUGGCAAGGCCAUGCCAGGAAGAAGAAUAUGAGGACGUGGAUGAAGAAGACAUAUCCACCGAGCAACAUUCAGAAGCCAGUCAACCUGCGGGAGAUGGGGGCAAUGACGGAGGAGAGAAAACUGUCCACUCCACCACUAUCAGCAGCAGAUCCGAGUCGAAGCCUUACAGCUCUGUGACACACAAAUGUGAGGACUGUGGGAAAAAAUUCACGCACACUGGCAAUUUCAAAAGACACAUGCGCAUUCACACGGGUGAGAAGCCAUUUACUUGCCGAGACUGCAACAAGGCUUUCUCAGAUGCAGCGGCUUGUAAAGCUCAUGAGAAAACACACAGUCCUCUGAAGCCCUACUCCUGCUCAAUUUGUGGAAAGAGCUACCGUCAGAUCAGCCUGCUCAACCUGCACCGCAAGCGGCACACUGGGGAGGCACGCUACAGCUGCGAGUCUUGCGACAAGCUCUUCACCACAUCAGGGAAUCUAAAGCGCCACAGGCUGGUGCACAGUGGUUUGAAGCCGUAUCGCUGUGAAUACUGCGACAAGGCCUUCUCGGAUCCCACUGCCAAAAUGCGACACUUGGAGACGCACGACGCCAACAAGGGCAACAAGUGUCCGCAUUGUGACAAACGUUUCAAUCAGCCCGGAAAUCUGAAGGCCCACUUAAAAAUCCACAUUGCAGAUGGACCCCUCAAGUGCAGAGAAUGCGGAAAACAAUUUACCACCUCGGGAAAUCUGAAGCGUCACUUACGGGUCCACAGUGGCGAGAAACCAUACGUCUGUACUCAUUGCCAAAGAGCAUUCAGUGAUCCUGGAGCUCUGCAGCGGCACGAACGCAUCCACACAGGAGAGAAACCCUGCGUGUGUCCCACCUGUGGCAAAGCCUUUACCCAGGCCAGCUCCCUUAUUGCCCACGUCCGACAGCACACCGGAGAGAAACCCUACGUGUGCGAUCGUUGUGGUAAAAGGUUUGUACAGUCCAGUCAACUGGCUAAUCACAUUCGCCACCAUGACAAUGUCCGCCCUCACCAGUGUCAAUUGUGUGACAAGUCAUUUGUCAACGUGGGUGACCUUUCUAAGCACAUCAUUGUUCACACAGGAGAGAAACCUUUCCUGUGUGACAAGUGUGGCAGAGGCUUUAACCGCGUAGAUAAUCUGCGCUCUCACAUAAGGACUGUCCACCGUGGCCAUGCUGGCAUGAAGCGGAAGCGUUCCGGCGCUGGCAGCUGCUCAGACGAGGAGGUCGACGGCUGCGUCAGGGCAUCCGCAUCGGAUGCUGAGAUCAACAUCGUAACAGUCAGUGAGGAUAUUGUUACCCUGGCAACGGAAGCCCUAGCAGCCAGCACUGUGACUCAACUCACAGUGUUGCCAGUUGAUGCAUCCGUGUGUGCUGAUGAAACUGAAGCUUUGAAAGCGGAAAUUACCAAGGCAGUAGAGAAAGUACAAGAAUCAGACCCCAACACACAGAUACUUUAUGCCUGUGAUUCAUGUGGAGAUAAAUUCCUGGAUGCUACUUCGCUAGCACAGCAUGUGCGCAUUCACACAGCCCAGGCCUUGGUCAUGUUUCAAGCAGACUCUGACUUCUAUCAGUACACUGCAGUGACCACUGCUGAGGGGGACAGCACCGCAGCGUGGCAGCCUGCGGCCGAACAGGUGAUCCAAGAAGGGGAGCUGAUAUUCCCUGGCGAUGAUGGAGAGCGAAAUACAGAAGAGGGGAUCAUGGUGGAGGCACAGAGGGAAGGAGGGCUGCUUGAUGGGAAGAGCAAGGAGGAUAGACAGCUCGAGAUGCUGGCUGAGCUCCAGAAGGAUCAAAAAGCUGAAGGACAGCUAAUUGUCUGUGAAGUUCAGGUGUAG